AUUUGCGUCAGCGUCGAUUUAGUCGAAUAUAAAAGAGUAAAGAGUAUCGCUGUAUUUGUUUUUUUAUCUACAUUUAAUGAUAAAAUAGUAUUUUUCACCGUAUAAUAUUUAAGUAAAUAUAUUUUGGACAUUUUAGGAAAAUAAGAGGGAAAAUGAAAGAGGACAGUUUUGAAGAAAGACAAGAAAAAGAAACCUCCGUUUAGAAAAGUUCCAUGUUGAGCGUCAUUUCCGUGUGAGAUCACCGUGUUCGCUCCUUGCUCUGUGUGAGUCUGUAGAUGUGAAAGAUUUGAAAGUUUGAUAAAGAGGAGAGCGCGGCUCUUUUCUCCUUUUCUUUGGGACGUGAACAAAGAUGCGCGCACCAGAGGGCUCUCAGUGCACAAGCCUUUGGAGUUCUCACUCUGAGCACGUUUCUGGUGUGACAAGGGAAAGAAACGAGACGAAAGAAUGCAGAGCCGGAGUGAAUCAUCUUGACAGUUGACGAUCUACGGUGGUAGGCGCAGAACAUCCUGCUUCCUGUCUGCUGCCAUGGCAACACAUCACAACAACAGCCAGAGCCGAGAGGCUGCAGGAAGAAAACCUGAAGCUGGAGAUUGUUUUCUGGUUUGUUAAGUUUUCUUAUCCAUUCAGAAAGAAUGAGUCAGCGACAGAUCAUUCAAGCAUUCGAGCAGUAUCAGAAAUCAAGGUUGCAGUUUGUGCAAACUGUUGCUGAUUUGGCAUCCAGACCCCAAAAUAUAGAAGUCCUUCACAAUGCAGGUGUGAUGUCCAUGCUGCGUCCGCUGAUGUUGGACGUGGUCCCCAGCAUCCAGCAGACAGCAGCUUUAGCUCUGGGCCGUCUGGCUGACCACAGCGAUGAGCUGGCAGAGGCCGUGGUGAGGGAAGACAUCCUUCCACAGCUGGUCCACUCUUUGGGCUCACAGAACGUCAGUACACCUCACAACUGUGAAUGUAAAGACAGAGUACAUUUAAAUCACAUGUGUGAAACACUGAUAGAAGAUCAACAGCACAGUUUGCACUUUACUACACAUGUUUUUAUUGAAAAUAUUUUGGCAUGCCUACUUUGUUGGUUAAGAUUAUAUUAAUCUAUUCUAGUAUUCUCAUGAUUGUUAGGGAUGUUGCUGCAUAUUGAAUAUUGCAUAUUCAUUUUUUAAAAAUAUUUUGUAAUAAUAUAAAACACAUGAUAUAGUAUGUAUUAAAAAAUAUAUAAUGUAAACACAGAAUGACUAACUCAACACUUAGGUGUUUCAGUGGCAAAAUAAUCCCAUAAAAAUAAAGCCCCAAAUAUGCCUUAAAGGUUUGUGCCCAACAACAUGUUGCCAAGUGAAUCAUUUGUGUAUAAAACUUGAAAGAACAUGAUAUCUAAACAUGUCAAAUAUCACCAAAAAUAGGUAAGACUGUAGUCUUAGUCUUCUUCUUUUUCUUUCGGCUUUGUCCCUUUUUUUCAGGGGUUGCCACAGCAAAUGAUUGAUUUCCAUCUCUCCCUGUUCUCUGCAUGUC